AGUUCUAGCAUCUUAUCACAACUGUAGAAAAAUGAAGUUCCUAGCCUUGUUUGUCUCUUUGGAGCUCUUAUGCUUCGCCUACGCUCAGGAUACAAAACUGUCCGAAGAACGCAAACUAAUCUCAUACGAAACAAAAGUCUUCCACAAAAUCCCCGAGCACACUAUAGUGGAGGAAAAAAUCGAAGAACUGAAAAAGAUUUCCCCAAUCGAGAAGAAAGAAACGAUCGUUGAGGAAAAGUCAUCCGGCCCGAGCUAUGAGUUCGGUUACGGCGUGAAAGAUCCAAUCAGCGGCGAUCAUAAAGAUCAGUGGGAAAAGCGCCAGGGUGAUCAUGUGAAGGGAGCGUAUCGAUUUGACGAGUCCGAUGGUACGCAGCGCAUUGUGGAGUACGAAGCAAGCGGCAAGAAAGGGUUCGAAGCGACGGUAAAGAACGUUGAGAAGAAGGUGGAAGGCACCGUGGAAGUUCCGUCGAUCGAUGAAAAGAAGAAGGAGGGCAAGGUGGCUCACAGUUACAGCUAUCUGAAGAGAACUGGCCACUAAUCAAAAUGACGAAAGAGUAACUAAUACAAUAAACACAGCACUGCCAAAAUAAUAAUGGUGUCAAUUGCAGUUCGUGAGCGCGUUGAACCGAGUUCGUAUAAUUUUGUACAACUUGCAUGGAGCUGGCCACAUGAUAGUAUGUAAUUACGACUCAAAAGCUUGCCUGGUUGCCUUUGAUUGUAUAUGGCAGACUGGAAUUGUUUAAUUCUAUGCCUGGUAGAAAUAAAAUUGAAUUAAAACGUGAUGCUUUACAUCAAUUGAUGACCAUGAAAUGAUUAGUAGUUAACAAACUGUUGGUGUUGAAAGUAAAGAUUACAUAGAGGUUCUAUUUUGAGCGGAAUCUAGAAUUAAGCAUUAUCGAAGC